GCCUGGCCACCAGUCGUUUGGAGUGUCUCGGGAGCAGUCCACUCCUCACUUCCUAGUUAGCUAAGAAAGUUAACGCUAGCGUAAAGCCGCAUAGCCACGGUGUGUAGAAAGGGCGACAUAUUCUCCUUACGGCACGGGACGCGUUUUGUAUCGACAGGUUUAUUAGCUGAGUGAUUUUACGCGCAAGAUAGAGAAUCAUCUAUGCGCUGUCUUUUCAGAGUAUCAAUGUUCUAGGAGCUGCCGCAGCAAGUUCUUAGCUAGCAAGGUUGCUAAAGCUAGCUAAAAGUUACCGUUUUGUUCGCUGAUUUGUGCUGUCUGAGUGACAGGAUUUUGUUAGCUUCAAUUUACUCAGUAAUUUAAUAAAAAGCAUGAUUCGUUUAAACAAAGCGAAGUGACAGGCGAUGACUUAAUACUGAUAGCUAGCCACUUCCUGACAAACAGGCUAACGCUCGCUAGCUGACUUUUGGAACUCAAGUCCUACGCCUAGGUGAUUCAUUGGUUUGACAGGGCACCACUAUACAAGAUCUACAAAUGGCGAAGAAGACAUACGAUCUGCUGUUCAAACUCCUCCUAAUUGGGGACUCCGCGGUCGGAAAGACUUCUGUGCUGUUCCGUUUCUCCGACGACGCUUUUAAUACAACCUUCAUCUCCACAAUAGGAAUUGAUUUCAAGAUAAAAACUGUCGAAAUGCAGGGAAAGAAGAUCAAGCUCCAGAUAUGGGACACUGCAGGACAAGAGAGAUUUCACACCAUCACAACAUCCUACUACAGAGGAGCCAUGGGGAUCAUGCUGGUCUAUGAUAUUACCAACACCAAAAGCUUUGAGAGCAUCAGCAAGUGGUUGCGAAAUAUAGAUGAGCAUGCCAGUGAGGAGGUGGAGAGGAUGCUGCUGGGGAAUAAGUGUGACAUGGAUGACAAGCGUGUGGUGCCCACUGCAAAGGGAGAACAGAUUGCUGCUGAGCAUGGCAUCAGGUUUUUUGAGACUAGCGCAAAAUCCAACGUUAACAUCGAGAAGGCCUUCCUCUGUCUGGCAGAGGAUAUCCUGAGUAAGACCCCAGGGAAAGAGCCAGCUGCAGAGCACGUGGACAUCAGUAGUGGGAACGGGGGAGCAGGAUGGAAGAAGUGCUGCUGAUGACCUUUAACCCCUCAACUUUCACCUCUCUUCUCUCCUACUUCUCUUAAGUCUUCCUAUCAUGUAUCAUAGUAUUAAAACCACCUUUUGCAUAUAGAGGAUAUCAAUUUACCCCAUAAAUGGCAUCUCAGUGUUGAAAAAAAAAAAUAUAAGAAUAUCUGAAAUAUAAAAUAGAAGUAUUUCGAAUGUUGUCUUCUGUUGCACACAUGGCCUUUAUCUCCUUCGUAUUUGUUUGUUUGUUUGUUUUUUUGUUUGUUUUUGAUGAUUGUACAAAUCUAUGAACUGGCUCUUUGCUGGAUGGCUCAGGGGGAAAGGGGCGUUCAGAUAUGAGUCUGACCAUCCUAACCCUCUGCAUAUUUAGAAAAACUGACCCUUUCUGUGACUGUUCUGUUGGACUGAUGGUACACUGCAGUGAUUGCUCAUAGCAUGGUUGUCAUUGCUAUUCUCUAGUCUCUCACCCCUGUGCCUGACACGCUACUUACUCAUGGACAUGUAUGAUGACGGAGUCAUGUUAAACCAUGCAGUCGUAGCACACAUUGUAUUUAGCACACAACUGCCUUGAGUACCCUACUGCCUAACUACGGCCGACCAGGAACCCACAACAACGGGUGCCUGAGGAAAUAACAGCGUGUCCUUAAUUUUGGCUGAAUUGUCAGACUCCGCUGAAAAUAGUAGCUUAGUCUGAGAUUUUGUCUUACCAUGUUGGUUGCGAAAGAUUCCUGCCAUGGUUUGGUUUAUAGUUUUCAUGAGUCAGCUUCACUGACCGGUCCUUCCUCAUUCUGCAUUUCUAGUGUCUAGUGUGGCUGGGUGUUUUUUUCUCUCCAGUAUGCUGUUACAAGUCUUGCACGGAUUCAGUUUUGUGUGUGUGUGUGUGUGUGUGCAAUCUAAAACUAAAGGGAAUUCAGAAAUGUAUCAUAUCAACUUGAUUUUGUUGUGUUGUGUCCUUAUCUUUUUACAGGUGCACAUAUUGUCAACUAUGCAAAUUAUCACUAACUGUCGUUUAUUGAUUUGUUCAUUCGUUUCUUUUUCAGUUUCAUUGUGUUGCAUGGAGGUGGUGAUUUUUCUUCUGGUGUGAGUGUAGGGAAACUUAUUUUUGAGCACUUUUCACUUUUUUUGUGUGGAAACAUUCUGGAAUGAAAUGGAUGAAAUCAGCCAAAAAAAAAGAAGUUGUUUUUCAUUCAAGAACUAACCUUUUCAUAACAAGUGUGAUUGCUAUUAAUCUCUGUACGAAUGGUCUUGUUUACAACACCCAGACGCACUUUGUACUAUACUGUAUAACUAGGGGCCCGCCCAGCAGAUUUGGAACAAGUCUGAACAGGCUUCACUUGUCUGCUUGUAGGGGAGGAUGCUUCUGAAAUGAACGGCAAUAAACGUGACGUGAAUGUGUUUUAAA